UUCCCACCUCCGCUGCUGCCGCCGCCGCCCAGUGCACAGUUGCCGCCAGCCCAGCAUCGCGGCCGCAGAUAUGGAUCCACCCUAGCUGCAGCCGCUGCGAACCAGCUUCCCCCACCGCCCCAAUUCAUCUGCGCCGCCACCGACGAAACCCAAACCUGCCCCGUCCCCAAAUCUCGCAGCUUGCCCCGUCGCCUCCUGCCCUUCGGACCUAGGCAUCCUCCCGCGGCGGCGGAAUGCCUGGGGGUAAAUCGCGCAAGGUAGCGCCGGCCGCAGCUCCGGCGAGCGGCGGCGACCGCAUCGGCGCCCUCCCGGACGAGAUCCUGCACCGCGUCCUCUCCUUCCUCCCCGCGAAGCAGGCCGUGCAGACCUGCGUGCUCGCGCGGCGCUGGCUCGACCUCUGGAAGUCUGCCACCGGCCUGCGCAUCGUCGGCGCCGACGGCAAGGAGCCGGCCCCCUUCGAGGAGGUCAGGGAGUUCGUGGACAGCCUCCAGCUCCUCCGCGGAAAGCUCGCCUCUCGAGACAUUCGAGGUCAGGGUCGCCGGGGACGCCGUCGACGUUCGCCACUUGAGGCUCUGGGUCUGGUACGGCAUGAUGUGCAACGCCCAGGUGCUCCGGCUCAAGGUCCAUGGGGAAACCCCUGCUUUUCUUCGGUUGGAGGACCCGGCCCUCGCCUCCAGACACCUGACCGAUAUAGAGCUCCGUGGCCUAUUCUAGAGAGCCUCAAGCUUUAUCUUCUUGUAUUCGACAAGCUCGUCGGGGACCGCAAAAUCCCCUCGGCUUCUUUUCCACCCCCACCGCCGCCAGGAACGCUGAAGGUUGAAAUCGAAUGCCGCCGCUCAUGGCGACCUGAAACUCCUGCCGCUCUUCCGCCCCGCAACCGCAAGAUCCGCCCAUCUGGUUCGCGCGGACUCACCCGAGCCCUGCCCCUGCGCCCUCCCGUCUUUUGCGCCGUUGCUGCGGCCGCCGGUGAAGCCGCCGCCGCCCAGGCAAGCAUCGACGCCCGCCAUCCGUUCGACGGGAUGCCUCCAAGGAGGAAGGGCGGAAAGGGCAGGAGGGCGGCGCCUCCGGGGGCCGGCCGCGCCAGCAUCGACGUGCUCCCAGAAGAAGUCCUUCACCACGUCCUGUCGUUCCUGCCGGCGCAGGAGGCCGUGCGGACGUGCGUGUUGGCCCGGCGCUGGCGCCACCUCUGGAGGUCCGCCACGGGCCUCCGUAUCUCGUGCAGCUCUGAGAAUGAGGCGGCAUCAGCGAAGAAGCUCCGGGAUUUUGUGGACCAUCUGUUCCUCCUCCGUGGAGGCUCGCCUCUCGACACGUGCCAGUUCAACUUGCUUGAUAUGGACGCUGACGAUGAUGACAUGUGCAGAAUACGCCUCUGGAUCCGGCAUGUUCUUAUGUGUAGAGUUCGGGUGCUCGGCCUUAAUAUCAGGUUGAAUAGCGAGUGUUGGGCUUAGACCGGCCGAUUUUAUCUGGAUGGUCUGCCUCUCGUCUCCCAACACCUGAAGAGGUUAGAGCUUUCUAGUCUACAUCUCAAUGGUAGCUUCGUUGACUUCUCUAGCUGCCCGGCGUUGGAAGUCAUUGAGA